AUGUCGGGCAGCGAGAUCUCCAAUGUAGAGGGAAAUGAAGCUACGAUGACGCCGGUGCAAGAUGGACGACCUGGCUUUGCGCACGAAGUCGAGGAGCGCAUCAAGAACACGCACGAGGAUCGCUCGCCCAUCAGUACCUCAACGUCGAAGAAGCACUCGAUCAGCAAGCCUUCAAAAGCCACCGCCAUCAGCACAAACGCAGUCUCUCACGACCUCUCUUACGACAACCGCCUUCCCUACCGUCAAGGCAGCCCUCUUCUCCCAGUGCUUCCCGUCAUCACCUCGCGCGAACAGGUUCCAAAGGCGCUUUCUAAACACAGUGCUCACGUGCAUGAGUUCCGCAGCAUCCUCGCCACGCACAAAGUCAUCACCCAUGAGCUAGAAGCCGUGCACCGCUUCAAUACCGGCACGUCAAUUGGCAAGGCAACAUUGACGCUUUGCGUUCAGUCCGACGUCUCCUGCAGCGAGCAGUGGGAGCGCGCCAUACACGCCUUACGCAUCUACAUUUUGGAGCAAGCGCUGGCCCUCGCCGUCGAAAUCAUUGACCGUCGUAUCUUCAAAGGCCUCCUUACCCUCCCCAUUCUCUCAUACGACCCUAUCAAUUCCUUCCUUCAGAGGCGCAAACACGGUAUCAUCAAGGCUCUUGAUGCCAGCGGCGAGGAGUGGACAAGCUUGGAAUUCUUCUAUAGAGGCACGGGUCCUACGAGGCAGGAUUGCAAGGUUACGGUCUUGAUUGGGGUCCCGGAGCCUAAUAGGAGGGUUUGGUGGGAGGUUAUGCUGCCGAUACUGAUGGAGAAGGUGGGUGGGAGGGCCGAGGUUGAGAUCUGUUGGAGGCGCGCCGUCAAGUUUUAG